CCAGGCCACGAAACCCUAAAACCGAGCACGCGACCCUGUUUCUGGUUCCCACGUUUUGCUGUCGCUGGCGCGCUGAUCAGCCUUUGAAGCGACGCCAUCCUACCGAGGCCCAGCCUGUUCGCUUAAGAUAAGGGUUUGAGUAGGUACUUUUAGCUUUAACCAAGGUACCGUAAAUCAAGGCAGCGUAAGUCACGCUGGUGGAGAUUCAGUGAUGGCGGGCGGCGGCGCGAGGACGCAGAAGAACAAGGCGCACAAGUCGCGGUUCGGCGCCAAGAGCCAGCGUGCCCUGCACAAGGUCGCUAAGGCGUCGGACGGCGGAGCAGCAGGGCCAGCGCGCGGGGGGGCGAAGGGCAAGGGGAAGGGGCAUGGUGCCGUUGCUAAGGCGGAGAGGCUCAACCGAAACAAGCUGCUGCGAGACAAGAAGCGCGCCGAUGUGCUGGCCGCCAAGAGAGCGCUCUCUGUGCCACCACGCCUCCCCGGCUCGUGCUUCUGAUUGGUCUAUCUCGCCAAGUGGAUGUGGCUCACCUGGCUGAUACGUUUGUUGAGGCAUCUGCUGCCUCAGGUGCCUCUCAG